AUGCGGUUAUCAUUUGCACCAAUGAUGUCACCUCAAAAGUUAGAUGGAAAAAAUUAUGACCAAAAGAAAGAUGGAAAAUCUGUUUGCGUUCAGAAAGCUUCUUCUGGUGGUGCUUAUACAGGUGCCGAAGACUGUUUGUAUUUGAAUAUUUACACACCAAGUUUGAAACGUGAAAAUCUUGGAUAUCCAGUUAUGGUAUGGAUACAUGGUGGAAAAUUCAAUUCUGGUUCCGGAAACAUAGAUCCAAGUGACUUGGUCCAUGAACAAGUCAUUGUGGUAUCAAUUAACUAUCGAUUGGGUGUUUUUGGAUUCCUGAGCUUGCAAAGUGAAGAAAUUCCAGGAAAUGCGGGCCUUAAAGAUCAGAUGAUGGCUUUAAAUUGGAUUCUGGAAAACAUAGAAAAGUUUGGAGGAAACAAAUAUUCAAUAACAUUAUUUGGUACUGAUGCUGGUGCUGCUAGUAUACAUUAUUUAUUAUUGCAUAGAGGAGCUAGGUAUAAUUUUGAUAAAGCAAUAAUGCAGAGCGGAUCUGCAUUUAAUCCAUGGGGUCUGCAGAACAAGGUUUUUGAGCAUGCUAAAUUAUUCUUAACUAAUUUGGGUCUUUAUCCCAAAAACCAAAAUGAACCAAGUAAACCAAAAGAAGAAGUGCGAUCAAAAAAUUACGAUUUCAAAAGUUUCGACACAAGAAAAAUAUUUGAUGCUGCCGAGAAAGUACUCUCCUCUGAUAAUAAACUGCAGCAAAUUGAUCCUAUUUUUGCUCCAGUUAUAGAACUAAAUACUUCCAAAGAUGCUAUAAUUAACAAAACAACUGACGAAGCAAUGGAUUAUUUACAAAUUAAUAUGAUAAAGUGGCGUCCCAUUAUAUUGGGAUUUAACGAUGCUGAAGGAAUUAAAAUACUAAAUUAUGUACAAAAUAUUGAUUCUAAUUGGAUGGAAAACCAUAAUCUAGAUCAAUAUUUACCAAGACAAGUUGUUUAUACUAAAAACCAUACCGUAGAUGGUAAAACAAUCAAUGCAGCAUUGGCUGAAGAAUAUAAAUUAGAUCAGAAUGAUACCUAUCAAGAACAUUUUGUUAAAAUGAUGGGUGAUGCUUGGUAUACUUUUGGAAUUUACAAAACAGCAGAAAAAAUGAUUAACUUAAGAGACAGUUUUAAUACUUAUGUAUAUAGAUUUUCUAUAAGCGAUAGCAAAUUGAAAAAUAAAUUGUGCGAGGAAAGUAAAAAAAUUACUGGAGCUAAUCAUGGGGACGAGGUGAAAUAUAUAUUUAAUAGUAAUGAAAUUACAGGCUCGAAUAAAGAGAAACAUAAAAAAAUUGUUGAACUUUGGACUAAUUUUGCAAAGUAUAAAAAUCCCACUACAUCAAGCCAUUGGUAUCAAAUAGGAAACUUGGAUGGGUUGUGGAAAACUUUCAACGAGAAGAAAGAAUAUUUUGAUCUCAAUGAUUUUAAAAUGCGUGAUUUUAGUGCGUCUGAGUUUGGAAGAAUGAAAAAGUGGAAACAAGUUUAUCAGGCUGUCAAUAUACGACUCGAAAAUAAAAAAUCAAAGAAAUCGUAUCAAUAA